UUUUAGCAAAAAACAUUUUAGUACUGAGAUCCAAAAGAGUACCCUCUGAAAUAUUUUUUGAUACUUAAACAAAGUCCCCUUUUCCAUCCCUGGUAACGAUAUAGCACAGCUGGGUUUUUUAAAUAAAAGUAACAAAAACCACAGAAAAAUUUUGACAACCCUUUAACAAAAACAACAGACAAUUGUUAUCAUACCGGUUGCUGAAUAUAGAAACAAUUGCUUGUGGCUGUUGCAAUUAUUGUUGCCACUUUAUUAAUAAAUACACUUUAAAUACAGAUAUGUAGGCCACUCUGUAAUUGAAAUACGAAGUAAUUGGGAAUAUUGUGUUUUCAAAAGUUCUGUUUUAGUAGAACAAAUGAAAUAUAUUUUGCAAUUGUACCUGGUUAUGGGAUUUACGUUUAAAAUAAUAUCUACAAAUUAUUGCAAACAAUUAUCUACAAAAUCACUUACCAAAAUUCAUGGACAGGCAUUUAAUCCUCGUUAUAUGAGCAUUGAACCACCAACAUCUAAUCAUGAUGCUAGUAGCAAACGCUCUUCUUACGAAUUACCAUUUUAUGCUGAUGAUGAUGUUGUAUCUGUAGGAGAUUUUCCAGCAUGGGAAACGGAACAUGUGAACUUUUACGAAAAAAAAAAAGAGUCAACUUUAAAACAGAGAAGCAUACGUAUUACAAAUAUUUUUAAUGAUCGCACCAUUGCAAAGUCUGAUGUAUUUAAAACUCGACCGUGGGAAUGCUCCUCUAAGCUUGCAUGGAUAGACCUUGGUCUACACUAUUUUCCUAGAUAUAUACGUUCUGUUGAGUGCAUUUCCAAAAAAUGUUGGUAUGGUAAUUUUAACUGCAAAGCUAAAUCGUUUACUAUAAAAAUAUUGAAAAGAAAAAAUGGAUCAUGUAUUCGAAUAAGUGAAAAAUUGCUUAUGGUUGUAUUAGAAGAAUUUGAUUCCGAUUAUACUGAAUUAUGGGUAUGGGAAGAAAUUUCAAUAAAUUUUUGUUGUGAUUGUGUAAUGCUACGUUGAUGCCAUAUAAAGAUAAAUGGCGGUACAAUAAGUUGGUCGUGCCGAAAGCAAACACUUGUCGCCCUGUCAUCAACAGAAGCCGAAUUUAUUUCGUUGUCUGAAACCUGCAAAGAGGCCAUUUGUAUAAAACAGCUGUUAGAUGACAUGCAUAUAUCACAAAAUUUUCCUAUCGUAAUAUACGAAGACAACCAAAGUUGCCUACACAUGAUAAAGGAUCAAAAGCUGAGUGGUAGAACUAAACACAUCGAUACCAAGAUCCAUUUUUUAAACGAUCAUAUUGAUAAAGGAGAUGUCAAAUGUCUUUGCUGUCCAUCAAAUGAGAUGUUGGCUGAUGUUAUGACAAAGCCGUUGCAAAACCCCAAUUUACUAAGUUACGAUCUUUACUGGGAGUGGAAUCCAAUUGAGGAAGGGUGUGGGAGAACUAUUAUAUUCCACUUCACAGGAAGGGUGUGCGAGAACAAUUAUAUUCCACUUCACAAAACAUUAUUAUUUAUACUUUGUUGUUUAAAUUGUUUUUUCAAUCAUAUUGUCUUCAAAUUUUAAAUUGUAAAAUAUUUUGUAUGAAAAAUAUUUUAUUCAUUCUCUAUCAAACUUUCGUUUAAUAAAUAUACAUUUUGUACAUUUGUUUUAUAAAUCACAUCAUUAAAUUAUUGCGGACCUCUAAUAUAGAAAAUAGCCAAUUGGAUAGAUUGGUUUGGUCCAAAAUUACGCCCGGUAUUCAAAA